UUAAACAAAAUUCUUUAUAUGUUACCAGUUUUAGAUGCGUUAUUUGAAGCAAGUUAGUGGUCUUCCUUUCAAACUUUGCCCUAUAGCUAUAUUUCGAAUGCCCUUUCAGUUCUAGUUGUCAUACAUGUCUCAAUAAGGAGACUGUCAAAAUUUUAGAUUUAAACACUUAAAAUGAUGCCAGCAACAAUGAUCACCUGAUUCGAUUUACAAUCAGGGGACUUGAGUCUUCUCCAGAUUCUUAGGGAUUUUCUCAGAACUUGAGUCUUCUCCAUGCAUGUUCUUAGGGCUUUUCACUCCAUUUCCGAAAACCUUAGUUCUCAUUGCCUUUCCGAAAAUCAUAGCUGGCCUUUUCUAGUCACCCAAAACGACAUUUUAACAUGUAUCAAUCCGAAAACAACAGGCAUUAAGUUUCUCAUAUCACAAAAGUUCGAGGUGACAAUUCACUUAAGGAAAUCAGAGGGGAGUAAAGGCCUUCUGAACAGAUAACAGGCCCUUUGCACGAUCCGGUCACAUGGUAUAAAAUCACGCAUGCUGUGACGCAAGUUGCACGGCCAAAACAAAGGCAGGUCAAGGUGGACUGGUACGAGUUGCUUUGUUUUGAAAGUCCCACUGUGCAACUUGCGUCCCAGCAUGUGUGAUUUUGUACCACCUGACCGGAUCGUGCAAAGGGCCUAUUUGUCGAAACGAUCCAUUGGGUGCUCCUGUUUAUAAUAAGUACACCCUUGCAUAGGUGAUUAUCAGGUCACGAUAUCUAAAGCAAAUCAUUCACGUGCUAAGAUACUUGAUAAAAAAGGACAUGGAAACUUUAAUGUUAACUGUCAGAUGGCAGUAUGAAACCAAGUUUGAUUGUGAUUAAAAUUAAUUUGCCUCGAUAUUAAGACUCCGAAAUUCAAUUAUGAUGACUUCUAUGAUGCAUUUCAUCUCCAAAAUGGAAAGACUUAGGGAAUGCAAUACAGAAAGGUGUUUCAAUCAUGCGCUAGUUUUAACUGCAUUUUCAUCAUGGCAUCAAAAGGCAAGGAGGUACCGGUUAUAUGCGGCUAAGUGCAAACACUUGGUGAAACUGUCAUCAUUAAGCUAGAUGUAGUUAUAAUUAAUUUUCGCCUCAUUACAACGUCAAUUAAUGGUAUUACUAUAAGUGCACUGCACUAAAGUAGUUCCGUUUUCUGGCAAUCGGGAAAUAUGCGCUUUUAAAUCAUCAUUUAUAACUGACCUGUCGGUGACUGCAUGUACAUGUAGAGAUAAUUUGUAAUCGUUUGAGCAAAAGAGUCAUUUCAAAGGAUAACACAGAGUCUUAAUUUGUGACAAGUUUAUUUAACGUAUGAAAAAGGGUUCGAUUUGGUUACCAAGGCCGUUUUAUUCUGCAGUUACUACCAUCUUAGAAUCAGAAUCAUGGACUCAGUGGAAUCGCUUUCUCUGGAACUUGCCUCCAGAAAAAGUGAACUUGUUUGGAUUGAAACGGGCUUCUUUGCUAUCAUCAAUGUCGCAGCAUUCGUUGGAAAUCUCUCAGUUUGUUACGCUGUGUAUAGAAACCAGAGGCUUCGGACGCUAUCCAACACGUUUGUCGUAGCGCUGGCUAUUAGCGAUAUUCUGAUGUCCACCUGCUGUAUGCCUUUUUCAGUGGCAACUCUAAUCCAAGGACAUUGGAUUUUUGGUGAAGCUUUUUGUCGUUUCCAUGGUUUCGGAGUGUUCACGUUUGGACUAGCAUCUCUCCACACCAUAGGUAUAAUCGCAGUGAGUCGUUAUUUCUGUGUCGUGAAACCGGAAAAGUACAUCGUGUUAUUCAAAAAACAACGAACUUUGAUGUACAUAGCCGUUGUAUGGUGUGUGGCUUUGAUCGGAUCUGUGCCUCCAUUUUUUUUCGAAAACAUCGGAUUUGAAUUCCAGCCCGGUAAAGCGAUGUGUUUGUACACAUUCGAUGCCAACAUUGCUUAUACAAUCUUUAUUGAGUGCGUUUACAUCGCUACCCCCUUAUCAAUCAUCGCAUUCUGCUACUCUAAGGUGUUCUACACAGUGUCGCGAUCCAAUCGAGUUUUCUCUUACGAAAACAAUCCUCAGCAGCUCAGAGCUAACGUGGAAGAAGCAAAAGUGACCAAAACUUUAGCCGCGGUGAUGGUUUGCUUCGCAUGCUGCUGGCUUCCAGUUUGCAUCAUCGACUACAUUGACGCAUCUCGCGGGGAGCCAACUUUGGCGCGGCAGGCUUACCUUACAUACGGGUUCUUAGUUUACAUGAGUAGCACCAUUAACCCUUUCGUAUAUGGUGCAACACACAAGCAAUUCAGACAAGAAUACAAGGCUGUUUUUAGAGAUAUGUUUUGCUUGAGAUGGAGUCGAUGUACUGGAGUUUCCGACGUUACUUCUGUCGAUGAGACCCGAAGAACCCGCCAGAAAGCACAAACCACGAGCUUAGAAAAAGGAAAAUAGAAUGGACGACAUCUGUGCCUGUGAUCUUUGCUAUGUCUUUUCUCAUUAGUUAAGAACCUACAUUUAAUCCUGGAAAUUAGGGCACAAAAUCCUCCACCGAGUGUGUGACUAUCCAAAGAAACCGACUCUGGUAUGACUUAUCACAUAUCGAUAUAUCUUUGGCGUGAAGUUCAGCAUUAUUUAUCUUGAAAAUGUACACUUCUGGUGAUCUGUUUCAGAAAAGAAAACUGUCUCGAGAUAAAUGAUGAAUUCUGCUGUACGACAAGAGUUGUAAGUCAAUCAUGCAUACAAAAAUCUCUAAAUGUUACCACUGUUGGAUGCGUUAAUUUAAGCAAAUGUUAAAUAGCUUCCUUUUAAACUUAAAAACUAUAGAACUAUAUUUCCCGUGCUUUUUCUAGUUGUCAUAUAUAUGAUUCAGUAAAGGAGACAGACAAAAUUCUAGAUGGAAACACCUAAAAUGAUGUCACUCAGUCAGGAACAAUAGAUACUCUUCUUAAGUUAAAUUAAGUUAUAAUUUAGUCAACUGUGAUAGUGGUCAACUCGAAAGCUUUUGCUCCAAUGGCCAGUACACAGUACACUUUGUUUUUUUUAUUUAACGUAAUUUUGCAUUUUUUUAUUUCUUUCUUAUUCUGUAAUUUUAGUAAUUGAGUGAAAUGUAUGUAACUAAAAUAAUUGUAAAUAAGAUUGGAUCGAAUUGAAUUGAAUUGAUUACUGAGCUGAUUUGAUCUACGACCUCUGCUUACUGCGAGUGGCCAGGGACAUGGCGAUUUCAAAUGAUGGCAAAUGUUGUUUUAGGCUAUCUGGAGUGUUUUUGAAGCUCUGUAGGUUAAUUUUAAGCUGCGCUAUAAAAUUUUCAUCUGUUUUGGUCAUUCUAGGGGAACGUGAGUCUUCUCGAAUUUAUUAGGGCUUUUCACUCCAUUUCCCGAAAACCUUAGUUCUUAUUGCCUUUGCGAAAAUCACAACUGACCUAUUUUCGUUACCCAAAACGACAUUUUUAUUAAUCCGGACACAACAGGCAUGAUGUUUCUCAUAUCGCGAAAGUUCGAGGUGACACUGAAUUCACGUUACGAAAUCGAGCCUCAGAUUAGAGGCCUUCUGAACGGAUAAUUUACCGAAACAGUCCGUUGGGUGACCCUGUUUAUAAUUACUACACCCUUGUAAUAGUGAAUAUUUAGGUCAUGAUAUCUGAAAUAAAUCAUUCACGUAUACUGAGAUGCUUGAUGGAAAAGAAUGCAUCGAAACCUCAGUGAGAAGCGUCAGUAUGGCAGUAUGAAACCAAGUUUGAUUGUGAUUAAAAUUACUUUGCCUUGAUAUUGAGACUCUGAAAUUCAAUUAUGAUGACUUAUGUGAUGCAUUUUAUCUCCAAACUGGAAAGAUUUACGGAUGGAAUGCAGAACAGGAGUUUCAAUCAUGCGCUAGUUUUAAAUGUAUUUUCAUCAUGACAUUAAAAGGGCAAGGAGGUACUGGUUAUAUGCGCCAAAUUGAAAACACUUGGUGAAACUGUCAUGUUUAAGUUAGAUGUAGUUAUAAUUGAUUCUCGCCUCAUUACUUCAUUACCUCGUUAAUUAAUGGUAUUACUGUUCAGUAAAUGCACUGCACUAAAGUAGUUCCGUUUUCUGACAAUCGGGAAAUAUGCGCUUUUAAAUCGUCAAUUGUUUCUUUUUGUUCUAGUAAGCUGAAAGCGGUGUUUAUAUUGAUGCAGUGCUCAGCGAGGAAACAGGUACUGACAAUUUGCCGCAGGAAGGCAAAUAAUUGGCGAUCAAUAUACCAAUCGAA